AUGGAGCACUACGAGGAUUCCUUCGAGAGCGCCACCACGGCGAUGAAUGAGGAAGAAGAGGCCAUGUCGGUGCGCACCAGCUCAACGGCUGCCACUUCAGGGGACUCUGUCGACGCUGGCGACGACGGCAGCGUUGGCGACGUAGAUGAUGCCAUCUCUGGUGGCAAGGGAAUGAGCGACGUACUGACUUUGAGCUCCGCCGCAACACUGUCACCGACGGCACGGUAUCUGGCUCUACCCUUGCCUGCAUCCCCAGUGCCGGUACCGGUACCUGUGCCGACACUCACCCCUUCGCCGGCAUCAGCGCUGAAGGGUGAUAGCGAGAACGGGUUGCACGCGUCGUCCAUUUUGUCUGCCCAAAACGCGUCGGCUUGUAAGAGGCCGCUUGGAUUCGCCCCACGCGCGACGGUCGGAGCAGUAGAGAGCGAGGAGCGAAGCGCGAGUCUGACUGACAGCGCCAGGGCUCAACACCUCGCUACGCUCGAGGCAUCGUGUGUUGCUCAAGGAGAAUUUGCAGGGAACUCCAGCGACGAUGCCGACCAUAGUCGUCGAGGGCUGAAGGGCGUUGGCUUCGAGGCCCUUGCCCACUUUGUGGCCUUUGGUGACAGCGGCAACUACAGCACAACGGGUCCAACGUCGCAUCGGCAUAGCUCCGUGAUCCGAACGGGAGUGGAAGGCUUCCCAUCCCCGCUGGGCAAGAUGCUCACCACCAAGAGAGAGGUAGAAGGCGAGAGUCCGAGGGAGGGAGAGGAACUGCGGCCAACUGCUGACUCUCUAGCUUCCCAGUCAACAUCGGCGCGGCAGGCAGAGUUGCCACAGAAAACUGCGGCGUCGAAGGCGGCCUCCGUGGCUGCGAGCAGCGUUUUCAGCACCCUCUCACAGCAUCUUCAGCAGCAGAAGCCGCAGCGACAGCAGCCGCAACCGACCCUUGUGCCAGCGCCAGCGGUCAACUCGGCGCCAGUGGUCCCUUCGAUACCAACGCCUGCAACCACCUUGCCCACAACGCCGCCUGCCUCCUUUAAAGUGCCGACAGCGUCACCAGCGCUGCAAGGUUGUGCUUCCCUCUCCCUCCCAGCUCUGCCGCCACCGGGAUGGUCCUCUACGACUGCUCCCAACAAUGCCACCGCUGGCAUGGGGACGCCGCUCACCGUCCUAUCCGCGGCGGCGGCGAAGGACGCGACGGGCACGCAACACGGGUGGAUGAUUGGUAGCGUGCAGUACCGCACUAGCCCCACAGAUACGGAAGCAGUCCAGCAGAUUCCCCCGCUGCCCCCGCCGUACGAGCAUCCUCGGCCCAUUGCGGAACAGACGCGCACAUCCGAGCUCCGCGAGGCGUCGGAGGCGGUGGAGAGGCUAGUAAAGGCGUUCGCGAUGCUGAAGGGCUACAACCGUCUCGAGCAAGCGAAAAGCAGAAGUCGGCCCCUCGCUGACGGUGUACCGGCCUCAGUGGAAGCGGUAGCCGAUGUUGUCGCCUCUGCUCGCCAGGCCAGAGCUGCAUCCACCGUGCAGGUGCGCGACACUGUCCGGCCGCGCAGAUCCCGCGUUUGUGCGCCUGGAGUGGCGUCGGCGGCCACUCUUGCCUCCACCUCGGCUGCCGCCGUUGCGCUGCCGUGGGUGUCUGCCCCUCGUCGAGAAGACAGCGAGAGCGUGGCCGAAGAUGUUGUGCUGGACUGCGUGCUCGGCCUCUUACAGGAGCGUACAAGGGGCACCGGGACUUCUUCCACGGGUGAGCACGAGUGGGAGGGGGUCAGGUCGACGAAGCGCCCAACGGCGGCAUCGUCGUGGCAGGCGGCGAGACCCCACUACGAGGUGGUGACGGCGGACACUUUUGCUCACGGAGGAGGCGCGGGGGGGCACGGCCGAGCUUCGCACUUCACCGCCGGCACCGUGUCUGCGGCCGCGCGGACCCAAGUGUACUUCAACUCAUCAUCAGCCUUCCUGGGCGGGCUCGGUAGCAGUAGCGUUCCCUUGUUCGACCCCCGAGAUCUGCAGAGCGCGGUUGACCUCUACAAUGCCGUGCGCGAGGCGCUGGACAAGUACGUGCUGCGCCGCGUGGCGACCGGCGCAGAGAAAGCAGAGGGACCUGAGCCGCACGUCUCUGCCCCCCGCGCACGCUCCAUCACCGCCAUAUUUGCGUGGGCGCUGCUGCUGGACAUGGUAAAUCUCUGUGAAGAGAUCGCGCGUGUCGCCUACGAUGCAGCGCCGCGCACCCCGAGCGCUGUGUAUCCCGUGCUCGCACAGUUCAGGGGGGAUGCGGCGUGCGAGGAGGUCGUCAAGGCGGCGAUGCACUGCCUGCCGUUUGAGGCACUCCACACCAGCGGCGCUGACACAUUGGCGCCAGGGGAUGGCGGCUGCACAUUCCGGAUGGCAUGCUGGGUGACGCAGCAGCAGCUCUGGACCAUCGCCGACGCUAUGGUCGACACGGUCCGCGAGGAUAUGGUGCGACGCGCCAAGGCGCUGAAGUACUCUCCUUUUAACACGGCCGCAGUGGCCGAGGUUGAUCCUCGGUUGCUGGUUCCUCCCACGACUCCGAUGCUCACUCUGCGGCCGCUGCCGGGGCGGAGAGGUGGCGGUGCCGUGCCAAAGGUGGCGGAUACCUCCACGACUGCAGGUACUGCUGCGGCGUGCGCACGAGUGCACGGAGGCGGCAGAGGGGAGGGAGGAGGCCCGGACAGUGGCAGCGCUGGCAACGAACUCUUCGAGAUGCCUGCCGCCGCGUUGCAGAAGGUUGCCUACCACGUUUCUGUUCUCACCACGGAUUUGCUCUCCGACAUGAGCACCGCCAACCACCACGAGCUGUCGGCACUGACUGCUGAGGAUUACCCCGAUGUUGCCACCGCCGUCUCCGAGACCAUGAGCGAGCUGCUUCACGACGAGUCUAUUAAAGCGGCUGUGCGGCGGCGAGCUGCAGAAAAAGUGAAGCAGACACAAAGGGCGCGCGCCGACUUCGCCGCAACGUCGCGCCAACGCAAGGAGCAAGCCAUCAUCGAGAAGGCAGAGAAGGAGGCGGAGGAGGUGGUGCAGCACAUUCUGCAAGAGAUGAGGGCACAGGGAGUUGCCUAG